GGCAAUUACCUCAAGGUGAAACAGGAUAAAACGCGGACAUCGUGACGAAUGAAUGCUAUGUACUAUGUUCAACAAUUUAACGUCGAGUCAUAUCGAAUCCACCCAAAAGGAAAGCAUAGCUCAUCGUCAAGAUGAACGGUAUGCCUUCGAUGCAACCCACGGUUGUCCUCUUGCGAGAGGGCACCGACACUUCUCAGGGAACUGCCCAGUUGCUCAGCAACAUCUCGGCAUGUCUCGCUGUGGCUCAGACGAUCGCUACCACUCUCGGACCCAGGGGAAUGGACAAGUUGAUUGUGAACGAUAGGGGAGAGGCUACUAUCUCUAACGACGGUGCUACUCUGCUUCGAUUGCUCGACAUCGUUCACCCUGCCGCUAGGACCUUGGUCGAUAUCGCUCGUGCUCAGGAUGCUGAGGUGGGAGACGGUACCACGUCGGUUACUCUCCUGGCUGCGGAGAUCCUGAAGGAGAUCAGGCCUUACGUGGAGGAGGGUGUCGGUGUUCACACUAUCAUCCAGGGAUUGACCGAGGGACGGGCAUUAGCCAUCAAAAAGUUGGGGGAGAUUGCUGUCACUAUCGACAAGAGUGACCCUGCCAAAUUCCGAGAUCUUCUUAUGCAGUGUGCUGGUACUUCGAUGUCGUCCAAACUCAUCCACUCGCAGAAGCCCUUCUUCUCGAACAUGGUUGUCGAUGCCGUUAUGUGUCUCGACCAGGAGGAUUUGAACGAGGGAUUGAUCGGUGUCAAGAAGGUACCUGGAGGAGGAAUGCAGGAUUCUCUCUUGAUCCGAGGUGUCGCUUUCAAAAAGACGUUCUCCUACGCCGGGUUCGAGCAACAGCCCAAGAGCUUUGUCAACCCCAAGGUCUUGUGUCUGAACGUCGAGUUGGAGUUGAAGGCCGAGAAGGACAAUGCCGAGGUCAGGGUGAAUGAGGUUUCGGAGUACCAAGCGAUCGUCGACGCCGAGUGGCAGAUCAUCUACCGAAAACUCGAUGCCAUCGUCAAGACCGGUGCAAAAGUCGUGCUCUCGCGUCUCCCCAUCGGCGACUUGGCUACUCAAUACUUUGCCGACCGGGACAUCUUCUGUGCUGGACGAGUAGCAAACGAUGAUUUGAAGCGAGUGGUCCAGGCUGUCGGAGGAGCCGUUCAAUCGACGUGCUCGGACAUCGAGGAGAAGCACUUGGGACGUUGUGGCAAGUUCGAGGAGAAGCAGGUCGGAUCCGAGAGGUUCAAUGUGUUCGAGGACUGCACCGCCGCCAAGACGUGUACGCUCUUGCUGCGCGGAGGAGCCGAGCAAUUCAUUGCCGAGGUCGAGCGAUCGUUGCACGAUUCGAUCAUGAUCGUCAAGCGGGCGAUCAAGAACAGCGAGAUCGUCGCUGGAGGUGGAGCUGCCGAGAUGGAGAUCUCGCGAUACCUUCGAGAUCACUCGAGGACGAUCAUGGGCAAGCAACAGCUCAUCAUUGGCGCCAUGGCCAAAGCGCUCGAGAUUAUCCCUCGACAGAUCUGCGACAAUGCCGGUUUCGACGCUACCGAUUGCUUGAACAAGCUGAGGAUGAGGCAUGCUCAGGGAGACCUUUGGGCCGGUGUCGACGUAGAGAGCGAAAAUGUCGCCGACAACAUGGCAAAGUUCGUAUGGGAACCCGCUCUCGUCAAGGUUAACGCGAUCAGUAGUGCUGUCGAGGCUGCUUGUCUCAUCUUGAGCGUGGACGAGACGGUUAGGAACCCGCAGAGCGAGCAGACCGACUUGGGCCCCCAGAUGCCGCGAGGAGGAGCCGGACGAGCGAUGAGGGGUCGCGGCCGAGGCAGGGGCCGAUAGAGGCGUAGCUUGUAAAUGAAGGCUUUCUCACCUGUGUUUUCCACAUUUUAACGAUCCAUCAUGCAACGAACAAU